AUGGCAAUGCAAAAACAAGUUUUGUCAGCUUUUUUUCUUGGUCUCUUGAUUGUUUCUUCAUGUGGCUUUGCAAUUUGCCAAGAUUGGGACUCAUUAUCACCACUAAAAAUACUUUUGGAGGUUAAACAAUCGUUCGUUGAAGACCCACAAAAUGCCUUGCAGGACUGGUCCGAGGACAACCCAAGUUUCUGCACAUGGGGAGGUGUCUCCUGCGGAGCGAACUCAGCUGAUGGCUCACUCCAAGUUGUUGGUCUGAACCUCUCCGAGUCAUCACUCAGUGGGUUGAUAUCACCCUCACUCGGCCUUCUUCCUAACCUGCUCCACCUUGAUCUUUCUAAUAACCAGCUCUCCGGUCCCAUUCCACCAAAUCUCUCUAACCUUUCUUCUUUGGAAUCUUUACUACUAUUUUCUAACCUACUCUCGGGUCCCAUUCCAAUUCAACUCGGCUCACUCACCAAUCUCCGAGUCCUCCGAAUCGGCGACAAUAGCCUCACCGGCCCAAUUCCAGCUUCAUUUGGUGAUCUUCAAAACUUGGUCAUUCUUGGUUUAGCCUCAUGCAAUCUCAGCGGUCAGAUACCUCCAACACUCGGUAAACUCAGCAAACUUGAGAAUUUGAUUCUGCAGCAAAAUCAGUUGGAGUGUCCAAUUCCAGCUGAGCUUGGGAACUGUUCUAGCCUUCUUGUGUUCACUGCAGCAAUCAAUAAGCUGAAUGGCUCAAUCCCAGAAGAGUUGGCUCAUCUUCAGAAUCUUCGGCUACUAAAUCUUGCCAAUAAUACUCUCACGGGGGAGAUCCCAGGCCAACUUGGUGAAUUGAAUCAGCUUGUUUAUCUAAAUUUUCUUGGCAAUCUGCUUGAAGGGUCAAUCCCAAAGUCCCUGGCAAAAAUGGUUAAUCUUCAGAAUCUUGAUUUAUCAGCCAACAAGCUCACUGGUGAAAUUCCAGAAGAAUUGGGCUGCAUGGGUCAAUUGAAUUACCUUGUACUAUCCAGCAAUAACCUCUCUGGUGUUGUACCAAAAAGCAUAUGUUCAAACACAUCCAAUUUGGAACACUUAAUGCUACCUCAAAACCAACUCUCUGGUGGAAUUCCAGUGGAAUUGAGAGAUUGCAGGUCAAUGAAGCAACUUGAUUUGUCCAACAAUACACUCAAUGGGUCCAUACCAAUGGAGCUUUUUGAGUUGAUUGAAUUGACUGAUCUCAUGCUCAACAACAACACUUUGGUUGGUUCAAUAUCUCCAUUCAUAGCAAACCUCAGCAAUCUCCAGACACUUGCUCUCUAUCAGAACAAUUUUCAGGGUAAUCUGCCAAGAGAGAUAGGAAUGCUUGGGAAACUUGAGAAUCUGUACAUAUAUGACAACCAAUUAUCUGGGGAAAUCCCUAUAGAAAUUGGUAACUGCUCGAGCUUGACAAUGAUUGAUUUCUUCGGAAAUCGGUUCACCGGGCGAAUUCCGUUCACAAUUGGAAGGCUAAAGCAGCUGAAUUUCCUUCACCUGAGACAGAAUGAUCUGUUUGGGGAAAUACCUGCAAGUUUGGGUAACUGCCAUCAACUAACUGUCCUCGACUUGGCCGAUAAUCGUCUCUCCCGUGGCAUUCCGGCAACAUUUGAGUACCUUCAAGCUCUGGAACAGCUCAUGCUUUACAACAAUUCCCUUGAAGGUAAUCUUCCAAAUGAACUGGCUAACCUUGCGAAUCUCACGAGAUUAAAUCUCUCAAAUAACAAAUUGAGUGGUAAGAUUGCUCCAUUGUGCAGCUCGAGUUCUUUUCUUUCUUUUGAUGUAACAAACAAUGCAUUUGAUCAGGAAAUCCCUUCCCAAUUGGGAAACUCUCCUUCCCUCGAAAGGCUACGAUUAGGUAGCAACAGAUUCACCGGAAAAAUCCCUCCGGCUUUAGGAGAAAUUCGAGAACUCUCACUUUUAGAUCUCUCCGGUAAUUCACUCACUGGAUCAAUACCUGAUCAGCUUUCGCUAUGCAAAAAUCUGGCACACAUUGAUCUCAAUAACAACCUUAUUUCUGGGCCAAUUCCAUUGUGGCUUGGUAGUUUGCCUCUGUUGGGUGAACUUAAGCUCUCCUCCAAUAUGUUUUCCGGGUCUCUUCCACCAGAGCUAUCCAAUUGCUCUACUCUUUUGGUGCUUUCCCUUGAUGCUAAUUCUCUUAAUGGAACUCUCCCUCUUGAAAUUGGUAAACUUAAGUCUCUCAAUGUCCUCAACCUCAAUCGAAAUCAAUUUUCGGGACCCAUCCCGACAAGCAUUGGUGAGUUAAGCAACCUUUAUGAACUUCGCCUAUCGGGAAAUGGGUUCAGUGGUGAAAUACCCCUUGAACUCGGGAAACUUCAGAAUCUCCAAAGCAUUCUGGACCUUAGCUACAAUAACCUCACAGGCCAAAUCCCUCCUUCCAUUGGAACACUUUCCAAACUCGAAUCACUCGAUAUAUCUCACAAUGAACUUGUUGGUGAAGUCCCUCCUCAACUCGGCGAGAUGAGCAGCUUGGACCAGCUUAAUCUCUCUUACAACAACCUUCAAGGCAAAUUGGACAAGCGAUACUCAAACUGGCCCGCCGAUUCAUUUGCUGGAAACUUGAAUCUUUGUGGGAGUCCUCUUGCAAAUUGCAAAAACUUCAAAUUCAGCAAUCAGCAAUCGGGCCUAAGCCAAUCAUCAGUGGUGGUGAUUUCAGCAAUAUCAACAGUAGCUGCAAUUAUUGUUCUAUUAUUUGGAGCUGCCCUCUUCUUCAAACACAAGCGAGACACCGUUAAACGAGCCAGUGAAGCAAUUUACGGUUACUCUUCCAGUUCUUCCCAAGCACAACGAAGACCAUUCUUUCAUAAUGGUGGAGCCAAGCGCAAUUUUAGAUGGGAGGACAUUAUGGAAGCCACAAACAACUUAAGCGACGAGUUCAUAAUUGGUUCAGGCGGAUCAGGAACUAUCUACAAAGCUGAGUUGUUGACUGGAGAAACAGUUGCAGUUAAGAAAAUACGAAGCAAAGAUGAUCUGUUGUUAGACAAAAGCUUUGCAAGAGAAGUUAAGACGCUUGGGAGGAUAAAGCACAGGCAUUUGGUGAAGUUAUUGGGGUAUUGUGGCAACAAAGGAGCAAGCUUGAAUUUGUUGAUAUACGAUUACAUGGAGAACGGAAGUGUAUGGGAUUGCCUACAGCAGAAACCAGUGAAUGGCAAGAAGGGGAAGAGCCUUGAUUGGGGAGCAAGGUUGAGAAUUGCAGUGGGGUUAGCCCAGGGAGUGGAGUACCUCCACCAUGAUUGUGUGCCCAAAAUCAUUCACAGGGACAUCAAAUCUAGUAACAUUCUGCUGGAUUCUAAUAUGGAGGCACAUUUGGGGGAUUUCGGGUUGGCGAAAGUGCUAACCGAGAAUUUGGACUCGGCCAAUACUGAAUCGAACUCAUGGUUUGCCGGAUCUUAUGGUUACAUUGCACCAGAAUAUGCCUACUCUUUGAAGGCAACAGAGAAGAGUGAUGUUUACAGCAUGGGUAUUGUGUUGAUAGAGCUGGUGAGUGGAAGAAUGCCUACUGAUGGGAAUUUUGGGGAGAAUAUGGACAUGGUGAGAUGGGUGGAGUCGCUUAUUGAAAUGCAAGGAUGUGUCCGUGAGGAGUUAAUAGAUACUGAUCUGAAGCCACUCUUAACAAAUGAAGAAAAUGGAGCAUUUCAGGUGCUUGAAAUAGCUCUGCAAUGCACAAAAACAGCACCCGCAGAGAGGCCGUCUUCCCGGCAAGUGUGUGAUCUCCUCCUCCAUGUAUUUAACGAUAGGAUGCUCCAUCCGGAGAAGAUGAGUCCAGAGCUAUAUGCAUAA